AUGCCAAUCAAGGUCGCUGUUUUCGUAUUCUGCAUCGCGGUGCUCGGCUUCAUCGGCACCACCGGCUUCAUGUUCAUGGUGGCCGUCAACGACCUCCUGUUCCAGUUCUGGAUCCCGCAGAACUGGCUCGAGUACUUCGCCAUCUGGGGGACUGGAGGCACGCUCAUCUUCGGAGUGCCCAAGUUCAUCUUCUGCCACCUGUCGCAGCAGAGCCGGAAGAUCCUGGACGACGACAAGCUUGCAAACUUCACCGUGCGCGACGCCAAAGUCACGGUGGAGGACGACCGAAACAUGAUAGAGCAGUGCAUCCGGGAGUGGUUCGGAUCUGUUCAG